UCGUGACUGCGUUGAUCGAGUUCGCAACAGAGUCUCACUAACGUCGUCGUUAUCGGUGAUCGCGGAUUUCCUCUCGCUCUCCUAGUUGUACGACCGGCGUGGUUUAAUUUAUGGUGUGCGGAUCAUUUACCUUUGUAAUCGGAUGGCAUUUAAACGAUGUGUCUGAGUUGUGCGUAGACAGAAAUCGUGGGUUUUCAAGAACUGCGUUAAGAAGCAGUAGAUCAAAAAGAAGGUCAUCCAUCACCGUCGACGGUGCAUCAUCCGGAUUUCCUCUCGCGAGUCGCGAUCGCGUGGUUCGCAAAUAACCCAACCUACAGCAGGUAUCUGUCGGGCGGUCGUCCCGCGGCGGUGGUUGUUGUUAUUCUUUUUUUUUGGGUAUCUCUUGGAUCGUUUGGCUUGGGCUCGCGUGACCGGUUUCGAUGAUAACACAACAAGCGCGUGGUGGAUGUGUAUGUGAGACGAAGUACCCAAAAAUCGCUUCGACCAAGAUUGACGGCACUUAUUUAGACUAGACACAUGUUACUUAGGUGCUGGUUUGGGUGUAUCUCGUGGAAUAAAAUCGACGUCGAGUGCAGCAGUGGUGAACAACGAUCGCAGUCUAUAGUGGAUCUUUGCCGUAGAGGUGUUCAUAUCUGGGGUGCAUGGUGGUGCUGACUUGCAACGAUUCUAGAGAAGUGCAUCAAUGCAACGAUAAAAGUGAUUCGAGGGAGGUGAAUUUUAAGUAGAUCACAGCGCGACUUGAUGGGCCGUAGUGUGCUGGGCAUUAUGUGCUGCCUCGGAUAGUGAAUACGAGAAAUUCGUCACUCGAGUGCGAUUGUUCCCUACAAUAGAGCUUCGGUGUAAAUCGAGCCCUGGUGUGGUCGUUCGUUAGCGCGGGGAUUUUGUUUAUAUCGAUGCCUUUCGAUAAUCAACCGGAAUCAAUAAACGCUGCAAUUCGACGAUGAGAGUUAUUGGUCUUAAGAAAAAAAGAAGAAAAUAAUCCGGUUAUAGAACAGACAAUCUAUAAUGUGACCUGAUUUCAUUCAGAGUCCUUGACUUAUGGUGUUUACAAAUUGUGCUUAAGUUUGAUCUUCCUGUGAUAGGUUUUACGUAUGUUUAGAAAGUUUUAAUAUAUAGUACUCAGAAUAUUAUUUUUAUCAAGAAUUUACCUCGACGUUUUAGUAGAAAAUACGUUCAUUCGCGUAUAAUGUGCCGUUGUUGUCAAAGCUGUUGGGAGGAUUUUUACUGGAACUGCAUUGAAGAACGCUUCUGUUAUGACGAAACUAUAGCUAACUAUGAUCCUGAGGACGAUGAGUAUGCCACCGAAAAGAAAACCGGCAAUGGGUUCUACAACUCGGAGGAAUCGGUACAAAACAACAAUCCGAUUUGCCGACAGCCUUCCAGCAUAGGACAUCACAGCUUGAGCUCGAAAGUCCACGAGGAUGAUCUCCGCCGGGACAUUCAAACCAACGUGCCCAUGCUGGCGCCGGAGGUGAUGGCCGUGUUUGCCAACUCGCAAAUCUUCCAAGAGCAUUCCCCCCCGAAGUCCGUCACCAAGAGUCCCGCCUCGGUCAAGUUUGCCAUCUCGCCGGAUUCGUCGCCGAUAGCAGCAUCGACGGUGCAGUCGCAGGAGACGGACAAACGAGAGGAUGACUCCGACAAACUGCUGAAGCGGCUCGAAGGGUCUUACACAAACCUAAAUGGCAGCAAAUUCGGAUCCACAGCCAUUCCAGCUAUAGUGGAGGAAGUCAAUGAAGACGAGGUGGUCCUCCGGCCUCCGCGAACCCUGACUGAAGCAUCCGCGUCCUUCAGUGGAUCGACCAGCUUGAUCAACAAAAACUUAUCCCACCUGCAAGCAGGCCAGCCCUACUUCUCAACCCGUCCAGCCAGUGAGAAUGAUAUUUUUACCAUUUCAUCGGCGAGCAACUACAACGCCAUCAGCAUGACCCCCGAGGUUCCUGCCAUUUCCUUCUCCUAUCUGCCCAAGAACUAUCUGGAAACUCCAACGGUGGAGAAAUAUCGCGAGUCGGUCAGCUUGUAUUCCAUCCAAACCGCUGGCAUCCUUUCCGCCAAGGAGGAUCUUUCGAUGCCGCGGUACUACGGAAAAUCGGAUCUGAUCAUGAAUAGUGCCGGCCAAAUCAAGGGCAGCCGGAACCUUUCCGAAUCCAGCAUGACUGGGUCGAGCACUCCGGUGUCCAGCAAUUCGGUCCGACACUUGGAGAAGAGCAAGCGACUUCAGAACAUUCGAACCGGUUUGCCCCCAUUGAACCUGCAGCUGAUCAGAGGAAGCUCGAGCUCCAAUUUGAAGGAAAGGGAAAAGGAGGCACGCGAGAAGGAGAAGCAAAGAGCUAAAAGACAGUAUUAAAUUGUAGAUAUUAGGGAAAAUACUUAAAUCGAUUUCAGUGCCAGCCGCAGUAUACUAAUUGAUAUUUUAAAAGGUGGUGGAUAUUUUCAUACGGUAACUCUAGUUGUAAUUUUGAUCACUUAAAAAAAAGUUUUAUAUUCUAUGAGAACCUGAGGAAACGUAGUGUGCCAACGCAGAUUUUAUUGAAUAGACAUGUUAUUGAUUAUGGCUAAUAUAAAAUAAAUCAUCCGAAAAAUCCUUGACAA